AAACAUUAAAGAGCAGUUACGGAAUAACAUAUUUUUAUCAAGCUUCGCGCACCGGUAGGCGGAUUGUUCGUGUUUUUGCGCAACAAACGACAAACAGCACCCUAUAGUUCAAAGGCAGUACAUCGAACGUCGUCAGGAUGAGCGCCAAGAAGGAACCGGAAACGGUCGGCUUUUGGUUGCCAAAGCAGAGCUCGGCCAAAAUGGACAUUCUUACGCCUCACAAGCUAGCGGUGGUUUUCCUGGUCCAGGAAUAUCUGACUGUUAAGAAAGUGGCUGAAGAUAAUGCUGAGAUGAGGUUUACCGCCCGCGAUAGGCGCCGGUUUUGUUUGCUGCUGCUAAAGUUGAUUCAGUAUCCGGACAUGGCCUACAAGGAUCUGUACGGGUUGCUUACCUCACCGGUAUAUGGCAUUCAGCGAGCACAUUUGGAGGAGUUUGAACGGUGUAUGAAGCUGCUGAAAACAGUCGGCAUCGAGGUUCUUUUUGAUUUGUAUAAUGUAAUCGAUAAAUUAAUCAGCGAUAGUGGCAGCAGCUAUCAAAUUGGAAUUGUGGGACUUUACUUUCGUCGAGUGUAUAUUACGUUGGUUAAAAUGAGUUUUCCAGAAUUUAUGGCAUUGUACCGUAACUCUGUCGCUUAUUACGAAAAGGGUGUACGAGCGGUUCAAAUCUCAAGCAGUUCGUUUUCGAACAGUGAAAGUUUUAUGAAGUUGGAAGCUCAAGCGGUUUAUAAGGAUAGAAACUCGGCUUCCAAGUGGUCUAAUAAGCAAUCGGAGUUAUUCGUCGCACAGCAGAGCUUGCUAUUGCAGAACAACGAAAUUAAUGCUCUAAAUCCUAAAGACAUGCAGAAUAGAUUGAAUGAGAUUAUACAUGAUCAUCCUCUUUACUCGCAAGCAUACUUUUUGAGUUAUUUGAACAGCGUUAGAGUAAGAGACUUUUUCAAUGCUGUCGACGCCAUACACAGAUCGUUCGACCGAAGCGCACUAAUCUCGAUGGCUCUUGCUCAGGAUAGCAAGGAAUAUCAAUAUUCUGCUUUGAAUUUAGCUAUUUUGCAUGCUCAGUUCAACCACAACGAGGAAGCGCUGGCAAGUAUCAAAGAAUGCAUAAUGUUGGCUCAAGAGAACAGUGACAAAAUAUGCUUGCAAUUGGCUCAUGCUUGGCUGUGCUUGUUGGAUGCAAGCAAGCCACAGUUUUCCGAAAAGAAUAUUGCCAAUAAGGAGUUGAUCACGCUGGUACAUUCCAUCUCGCUCGGUAUUCAGUCACUUGUGAAAUCAUCAGCUUCAACCGGCUACACACCGGCCAAACUGUUUGAAGUGUUACUUAAAAGCGAUAUUCUUAAUUGUCAAACGUCGAUGAUGGACCUGAUUGCAAAUGGCAUUGCGGAACGUGCCGCUUUGUGGGCCAUGUAUGGUAAAAACGAAGUAUCGUCGCUUUGCUCUCAACUAUUGUUGAACUCCGAUCUUAAAUUGCUUGGAAAAACCUACAAUGGGGAAGGCAUUUGUCAGGCGCUUUGUUCCUUAAUUAUAUGGUUGGCAAUUCAGGGAGAAUUCAACCUUGCUCUCACAGUUUUAAAACACACGCAUGAACGUUUUCCACGCUACCCCCUAUCGAAAUCUUGGAUGACAGCUGAUUAUUACAUUACAUCGAUGCAAGCUAUCUUCCGAGGUGAAUGGACCGAUGCUAGCAAUGCCUGCUACCACCUGUACACUCUGGAUAAGCAUCUCUCCUUGCUUCAACGUGCCCAUCUGGCAUUGGCUAGACUAAAUCUGAAAUCCGCAGACCAGAUGCUACGCCAACUUUUAGAAGAUGACACGAUCGAACCACUCACUCGCGUCAGAGCCCUCCUUCUAACUGCCCAUACGCUUACCUCAUCGCCAGAGGCGUCAAAAAUGGAAGUCGUUAACGUACUGAACGAAGCAUUGGCAAUUGCCAACAAAAAUUAUCUGGAUUACGAAAAAGCACUCAUAGAGAUGCAUUUCGCGCACGUUCUGAUGCUGCUAAAGUUGCCACACCAAGCAUUGAAGGCGAUUAAAAAUUGUCUGGAAAACAUUCUCGCCAAUGGUGGCAUAUAUGACAAGGCAAAAGUUUUGUUCCUGUUUGUGAAGAGCGUCCUCGCAGUCGAGAUGGCACCGGAGAAUAAACUGGCCAAGAUAGGGAAGUGCCUUCCGAUGCUGGAAAAGUCGGUGGAAUACUUCCAAAAGCUGGAAUGUUACGCAAAAGUGAAAGAUGUAUACAUUUUUCUAGCCAACUUUUAUCACACCCUGGAAAUGCCCGAGGAACGCAAUAAAUUUGCCUUCAAAUAUCGACUAAUUGAGGAGCAAUAUCCCACGGCUCAGGAGUAUCUAAAUCUGUUCUUUUAGGUAAUAAA